AUGAGGUGGCAUAAGGAAAAGUGUGUUAAGGAGACGAAUGUUUUAAAACAUCCGGCAGAUUCUAGAGCUUGGGAGGAAUUUGAUAAUCAACAUGGUUGGUUUGUAAAAGACCCUCGAAACAUUCGAUUAGGGUUAGGAACUGAUGGAUUUAAUCCAUUUGGUAACAUGAACAAUGCAUAUAGUGUGUGGCCUGUCUUUAUUGUAGCAUACAAUGCGGCACCUUGGAAAUUGAUGAGGGAUCCAUAUGUGUUCAUGCCGUUGCUUAUUCCCAGUCCAAAAUCACCUGGAAAGGACAUUGAUGUGUAUUUGAGACCGUUGAUAGAUGAGUUAAAAGAAUUGUGGGUGGAUGGUGUCUCAACUUUUGAUUCAUAUACUAGAAGAAAAUUUAAAUUACAUGCGGUAUGUCUAUGGACUUUAAAUGACCUUCCUGCUUUGGCGGAUUUGUCCGAUUUGGAUCAUGACUGGUGGAAUCGUUCGAAGCAAUUUGAUGGUUAUAAGGAACACAGAUUACCACCUAAGGAGUUGUCUGGGGAUGAGAUUCUAGAAAAAUUAGAACAAUUAGAUCAUAUAAGGGAUGUCAAUUUCGGGAAGCGACUCUUACCCGUCGGCAUUCGUGGUUGCUUAUAUCAUGAUAUUUGUAAUGCAUUGGCUAAACUUGGCAUUUUCUUUGAGGAGUUGUGUUACAGGACGUUAAAGGUUGAAGUGCUAGAAGCUCUUGAAAGGGAUAUUGCUCUUAUACUUUGCAAGUUAGAAAUGAUCUUCCCUCCAACAUUUUUUGAUAUCAUGGUUCAUCUUGCUGUGCAUUUACCCCAGGAGGCACUCAUAGCUGGUCCUGUACAAUAUCGAUGGAUGUACCCUAUUGAAAGAUUUUUGUGCACUCUUAAGUCAUACGUGCACAACAAAGCACGCCCGGAGGGUUCAAUUGCUGAAGCUUACGUGGAUAGUGAAUGCAUAACUUUUUGUUCUUUGUAUCUCAGUGGAGUUGAGACACGGUUUAACCGUGAGGAACGGAAUUAUGAGGGAGAUCAAACUGUGCAAGGAGCUUCCUUAUAUAUCAAGCAAAUGAGACAACUAAAGGACUCAUCAAUAAAUGAUGAUACUUUUUCAUUGGCAUGUGGACCUGAACGACGAGUCAAACGAUACUCUGGUUGCAUUGUAAAUGGAUCAAGAUUUCACACAAAGGAUAGGGAGCAAAAUCGAAAAACUCAAAAUAGUGGUAUAUCUGUUAAAUGUGAAGGCGUUGAAUAUUAUGGUGUUUUAAUAGAUGUAAUUGAGUUGAAAUACAUUCUAGGUGGAAAGGUUUUCAUUUUCAAGUGUGAUUGGAGGGAUGUUACUACAAAGCUGGGUAUACACAAAGAUCCCCACUUCACUAGCGUUAAUGUAUCACGUCAAUUGUACGAGGAUCAGCCGUUUGUUCUACCUCAACAAGUCCAACAAGUCUUUUAUAUGAAGGAUACCAAAUUACGGGGUUUAUGGGAGGUGGUUCAGAAAAUAACUUGUAGAAGAAUAUUUGAUGUUUCAGUGGUGGAAGAUGGAAAGGGAGAUGAAGAGGAAGAUGAAAGUAACACUGAGAAUGAUGCAUAUCAAGAGUUUGAGCCUUGCAUUGUUGAUGGGGUUGUACAAGAUUGCCCAAAUAUAAAUCAAUUGUCGUUGAAUAGGGAUAACAUCCCCAGUGAUCAGAUUGAUGUAGAAGUUGUUCACAAGUGUAGGCAAGACACUCAUGUGGUUGACAAUGAAGAUGUUGAAUUAUUUGAUUCCACCACUAAUGAGGAAUAUACUUUGCUUACUGAUGAUGAUACUGACGAGAGUGAUUGGGAAGAGGGAUAG